AUGGAUAAAAAUCAAACAAUAAGGUUUAUAUGGGUUGUCCUGUUUAUUGCCAUUGGUGUUAUUGGGAUGAAAGGUGAUGAGAUAGGAAAUGGCACGGCCAAUUCUCAAAGCAACACUACUUCUUUAGCUCUUCAAGGAAAUGAAGAUACAGGAGGAUGGAACAAAACCUACAAUGAAGUUGAAAUCAACAAAAAGAAUAGAUAUAAUGGUGCAUAUUAUAGAAGAGGUGGAGGUGGAGGUGGAGGUGGUGGUGGAGGUGGGGUUGGGGGUGGCGGUGGAAGAGGCGGCAGCGGCGGUAGUUACAGAUGGGGCAGCGGCGGUAGUUAUAGAUGGGGAUGGGGUGGUGGUGGAGGAGGGGGAGGGGGAGGAGGAGGGGGAGGAGGUGGUGGUGGUGGUGGUGGAUGGGGAUGGGGGGGUGGAGGGGGUGGUUGGUAUAAAUGGGGUUGUGGAGGACAACCAAAACAUGGUAAAAGAAAGGGAAGAGGAGGAGUAGGCAUGAACAAGAAGGAAGAAUAUAAGCUAGGAGAGUUUGCCCAAUGCAUGGGUCGAGGAAGGUGUAGAGGCAUGAGAUUGGAUUGCCCACUUCACUGUGGUGGACCUUGCUUUUAUGAUUGCCAACAUAUGUGCAAGGCUCACUGUCGACGGUCCUGAUUUGCUUGCUACCUCUCCAAUUCUGAAUUAUUUCUCGUAGUUGAGUUCUUCAAAUAUUACAGAAGCAUACUAUGACGAGUAGUGUUUUUCUUUCCAUUCCAAGAAUCUUGGGUUGGGGUCCUUGGGGAUGAUUUGGAUUUCAGAUAUUCUUUAAAAAAAAUAAAUAAAUGGGUUUGUUUGUAUGCUUGAUUUUAUAU